AGUACACCGUCUUCCAUUUUACAUGGAUCCUAUGUUAUACAAGAUGAUUACUACGCUCUCUAUAACUGUGAUCCUGGAUACGUCAUGGAUGACGUCAGUGAUACUACUGUUCUCAUAUGUGACGCCCUCUCGUUAACAUGGACCGGAACAUUGCCCCAGUGCAAUCGGGUAAAUUGUCCAGAGCCUCCCGUUCCAAACGAUGGCUCGGUAUUCGGAUCAGGGCGCUACUAUGGUGACGUCAUCACGUACGCCUGUGACACCAACUACCGUCUCUACGAUCCGUCGGUAUCGCGGACCUGUUCCGAAGAUGGUACAUGGUCGGGCGAAAGCCCCGAAUGUUUCCCUGAUCUGAGCAGUCCUGACGUGUGUCCGUCUGGGAGUUGGCAGUACGGUAACAACACCUGUUUCCGAGCCAACAGCGCCUGGAGAACAUGGAAGAAUGCCCGCGAUGUGUGCGCCAGCGGUAGCCCGGUAGGACAGCUGGCCACUGUGGUGGAUGAAGACGUGCAGACGUUCUUGGAAGACAAGCUAGGAGAAGUGGCGGGCGUGGCCACUACGCACUGGAUUGGGGGCUCUUACGGAUACAUCUGGUACUGGGAUGAUUCUGGGCUACCACUAGAUUACUUCUCCUGGGCUUGGGAGGAACCCAGUAGUACCAGUGAUAACAUCCAGUGUGUCUUCUUGAGUAGUCUACCAAAUCCUGGUGGUGACAAGGAUCAUGACUAUAAUUGGAAUGAUGACGAUUGUUUGGAGAAUGAGGUUAGCGGUAUCCCCAACUACGUCAUCUGCGAGUAUGACAUGGCUUGCUCGUCAAUAUCUAAUCUAAUCCUUUCCGCAUAUCGAAAAUACGACUAUGACGGAAAAUGUGAAGUGUUCGUAACAGACCCACGAAACUGGAACGACGGGAGAGCAUUUUGCAGUGGUACAUCUGGUCGAGUUGUCGAGAUCUAUGACGGUGUCAAACAGGAUUUCCUGGUCGAGAAAGCAAGAAGUGUGGAUAGCUCAUCGAGAUCGAACUGGUGGAUAGGAGCUAAAAGAAAGACAAGCGCAGGAAAGAUUUGGCAUUGGGUGGAUGGAAGCCCCAUCACCAACUUCUAUUGGGGCUCGGGCGAACCGAGUAAUCCAGACACUGAACAAUGCCUUGACCUCCUUAAAACUAGCAACCAUAAAUGGAAUGAUGAUAGAUGUAGCUCAACCGCAGAUUACUUAUGCCAAUAUACUGGUCCCAAAGAACCACAGAGAUGCUACGACCCCGGUGAACCAGCGCACGGGACAUACGAACCCUCGAACUCUGAUUGGCUGUAUGGGUCACACGUGACCUACUCCUGUGAUGAAGGGUAUACCCUCGAUGGUAACAUCACUCGGAUUUAUUGUAAUCUCAAUGGAACAUACUCUCCAGGGGUUUCAAAAUGUAUACCCGUGUCAUGCGGAGGUGUGUAUCCGUCACUCGACAAUUCAACGCCAAAUUGUGCCGGAUCCGAUUUCCGUGACAUCGUUUUUUAUGUGUGUGAUAACGGAUACUACCCAGUGGGCGAGAUGUCGGCGGUUUGCCAGCCCAACGGAUCGUGGAGUCAAGCCAGGGGACAGUGCCAAGAAUUCGAUGAGUGUGAGAGUAGCCCUUGUUUGUUUGGCUCUACGUGCUUGGACAUGAUCAACUAUUAUCAAUGCGACUGUACAGAUGGUUAUAAUGGUACUAAUUGUGAAUUUGAGAUUGACGAGUGUUUCAGCAACCCUUGCCAGAACGAUGCUACCUGCUAUGACGUCAUCAAUGGAUACACGUGUUCGUGUACAUCAGGAUACGACGGAAUACAUUGUGAAAAUGAAAUCGACGAAUGUUCCAGCAAUCCCUGUCAAAACGGUGCCACCUGUUCGGACUUCAUCAACAUGUAUAACUGCACUUGUCUUCCAGGCUAUGAGGGAAUGAACUGUGAAAAUGAAAUUGAUGAAUGCUCAAGCAAUCCUUGUCAGAAUGGUGCAUCUUGCUCGGACCACAUCGAUUCCUACAACUGUACCUGCUUACCUGGGUACGAAGGCAUUCAUUGUGAAUCAGAGAUUGAUGAAUGUACAAGCAAUCCUUGUCAAAAUGGAGGCACUUGUAACGACUUCGUUGAUUUUUACAACUGUUCAUGCCAGGCUGGAUAUGACGGGCUACAAUGUCAAAAUGAGAUUGAUGAAUGUUCCAGUAACCCGUGUCUGAACGGAGCUACCUGUACUGACUUUGUUGACUUCUACAACUGUUCAUGCCAGGCUGGUUAUGACGGUCUAGAUUGUCAAAAUGAAAUUGAUGAAUGUUCCAGUAAUCCGUGUCAAAAUGGAGGCACUUGUAACGACUUUGUUGAUUCCUAUAACUGUUCAUGCCAGGCUGGUUAUGACGGGCUACAUUGUCAAAACGAAAUUGAUGAAUGUUCCAGUAAUCCGUGUCAAAAUGGAGCUACUUGUACUGACUUUGUUGAUUUCUACAACUGUUCUUGUGAGGCUGGCUAUGACGGUCUACAUUGUCAAAAUGAAAUUGAUGAAUGUUCCAGUAACCCGUGCCUGAAUGGAGCUACCUGUACGGCCUUUGUUGAUUUCUACAACUGUUCAUGCCAGGCUGGUUAUGACGGGCUACAUUGUCAAAACGAAAUUGAUGAAUGUUCCAGUAAUCCGUGUCAAAACGGAGCUAUCUGUACCGACUUUGUUGAUUUCUACAACUGUUCUUGUGAGGCUGGCUAUGACGGUCUACAUUGUCAAAACGAAAUUGAUGAAUGUUCCAGUAAUCCGUGUCAAAAUGGAGCUACCUGUACUGACUUUGUUGAUUUCUACAACUGUUCAUGUGAGGCUGGCUAUGACGGUCUACAUUGUCAAAAUGAAAUUGAUGAAUGUUCCAGUAACCCGUGCCUGAAUGGAGCUAUCUGUACUGCCUUUGUUGAUUUCUACAACUGUUCAUGUCAUCCUGGUUAUGAUGGGCUACAUUGUCAAAAUGAUAUAAAUGAAUGUAUGAGCAACCCCUGCUUUAAUGGUGCUACAUGCUUUGACUCCAUCGAUUUCUACAAUUGCUCGUGUUCAGCUGGUUAUGAAGGCAUAAACUGUGAGAAUGAUGUGAAUGAAUGCUGGAGUAACCCAUGUCAGAAUGGUGCUACUUGUCUGGAGUCGAUUGAUUUCUACAAUUGUUUUUGUGCAGGAGGUUAUGAAGGCAUAAAUUGUGAGAUAGAAAUUGAUGAAUGCUCUAGUAAUCCUUGCCUAAAUGGAGCUACCUGUACGGAUUUUGUUGACUCCUACAACUGUACCUGCCUCCAAGGGUUUGAUGGAAUUCAUUGUCAAAGUGAAAUCAACGAAUGUUCAAGCAAUCCAUGUAUGAACGGAGGCACCUGUUUCGACGCAGUCGAUUUCUACAACUGUACUUGCCAAACUGGAUAUCACGGUAUCAACUGUGAAAGUGAAGUCACCGAAUGCUCUAGUAAUCCUUGUCUGAAUGGGGCUACCUGUAAUGAAUUCGUUGACUUCUUCAACUGUUCUUGCCCGCGAGGUUAUGAUGGGAUCCAUUGUCAAAAGGAUAUAGACGAAUGUUUAAGUAAUCCUUGUCAAAAUGGUGCAACUUGUUCUGACGCAAUCGACUUCUACAACUGUUCAUGCAUUCCUGGAUUCGACGGUGUCAACUGUGAAAAUGAUAUAAACGAAUGUCUUAGUAAUCCUUGUCACAAUGGUGCUACCUGCUCGGAUGAAACCGACUUCUACAACUGUAUAUGCAUUCCUGGCUUCGACGGUGUCAACUGUGAAAAUGAUAUAGACGAAUGUUUAAGUAAUCCUUGUCAAAAUGGUGCUAGCUGCUCGGACGCAAUCGACUCCUACAACUGUUCAUGUAUUCCCGGCUUCGACAGUGUCAACUGUGGAAAUGAUAUAAACGAAUGUCUUAGUGAUCCUUGUCACAAUAGUGCUACCUGCUCUGAUGAAAUUGAUUUCUACAACUGCUCGUGCAUUCCGGGCUUCGGGGGUAUACACUGUGAGAAUGAAAUCGACGAAUGUGUUAGUAAUCCUUGCUACAACGGAGCUACCUGUAUGGAAUUUGUUGACUUCUACAACUGUUCAUGCCAGGCUGGUUAUGAUGGGCCUCACUGUGAAAAUGAUAUCAACGAAUGUUUAAGUAAUCCCUGUCAAAGUGGUGCUACGUGCUCGGACCAAAUCAAUUUCUACAACUGUUCUUGUAUUCCUGGAUUUGAUGGUAUCAAUUGUGAAAGUGAUAUCAACGAAUGCUUGAGCAAUCCUUGUCACAAUGGUGCUACCUGUUCGGAUGAAAUAGAUUUCUACAACUGUACUUGCAAAGCAGGAUACCACGGUGUUAACUGUGAAAUUGAAAUCAACAAAUGUUUCAGCAACCCUUGCCAGAAUGGAGCUACCUGCACUGAUAUUGCUGACUUCUACAACUGUUCCUGUACACUUGGCUAUGAUGGAAUUAAUUGUGAAAAUGAGAUUGACGAGUGUCUUAGCAGCCCUUGUCAGAAUGGAGGGUCGUGUUCAGACUAUAUUAAUUUAUACAUUUGCACCUGUCUCGAUGGCUACGAGGGGAGUCAGUGUGAACAAGAAAUCGAUGAAUGUUUGAGCAAUCCUUGUCUGAAUGGAGCGACAUGCAAGGACUCAAUCAACAUUUACAGCUGUACAUGUCCAAAAGGCUACGACGGGAUCCACUGCGAAAAAAAAUCAUCCGGUGAAAAAGCGAAUGUUGCUCUCAUCGCCAGCCUGUCCGUUCUCGGUUUCAUCUUGUUGAUCGCCAUCACUAUCGUCACUUGCUGGCUUACACACAGACAAAGCAAAGUUACUCCAGACGAACUCGAGCUCGACCCUACCACAAAGAACGAGACGAGGUCGACAGUAGCUUGGGAUGAUGACGGUGAUGGUGGUCGACCAGCGUCACCGAUGUCGGUCGUAAUGCCAAACGGUGAUCUCACGUACAUUUUCGAUGUCGAGGAAAGCAUGUAUGAAAAGUGGACCUGAAAACAUGAGGAAUAAUGACAAUAUCUUUAUGUGAGCCGCGCAAGAGAAUUCAAAUGUUUGUUUAUGACGUGGUCGAAGGGGCGCAAUUCACCAAGGUGGCUGACGUUUCUUAACAAAAUUGCUAUCAACCAUCUGCAGCUUCUAAAUUUCAGACCGUACAAUAUUAUAAUUAUAUGAUUUUCACUGGUAGGCACGAUGUAUUCAUAUAGCCAUUCCACGUAAUUCCGUUAACAAAAUGCAAGAGGCGAUACAAAUAUACAUAUAAAAUGUCUUGCCGUUCGAAUAUAAGAAUGUAUGUGGUGCAUCACUUCCUAUCCCACACUCCGUGCAUCUCGGUGCAUCUUGUAAAUUGCUGAAGCUUGAAGAUUGUAGAAAAGCCAAAUACAAUAUAUAGUUUUUUGGAAUUAUUAUUAUCAUCAUUAUGUGGGAUUAUUGUCAUGAUUCCGGUGUUUUAUAUCUGGCUGUAAGCUACCUAUGAAAGUAAUGGGUGAGUAGUUUGGACAAGUAACGGAAUUUAUGAAUACAACUUACAUUGUUUAAAUCUUUAUACAAAUGUAUUCAUCUGUUUGUGAUAAGGAUAAAUAGCAAAACUAAAUUUAAAUAAACAUUUAAAAAAUGUUGA